UUUUCUAAAGUUGCCAGUGUUGCUGCAGACAGGCAUAUAUCUUCAGCGGAAGCUUGUAAUGAAUUAAUGGCUUAUUCUUUGAUACUAUCCUGCUGUUGUUACACAUGUUGCAUCAGAAGGAAGCUUCGGAAAAAGCUAAACAUCAUGGGAGGCUUUGUUGAUGAUUUUCUUUCUCAUUUAAUGUGUUGUUGCUGUGCUCUUGUCCAAGAAUGGCGCGAAGUGGAGAUACGUGGGACUCAUGGUUUAGAGAAGACAAAAGUGAGGCCUCCAACCUCUCAGUUAAUGGAAUCCUGAGAAGUUAAAGUUUGCAUUAUAGUGUUAAAAAUAUUAAAAAGCAUUAUACGGAGGUAACGGUUUGUUACUGUUGUCACUUUAUACGUGAGCGUAUCUUUGCGUGUUCAUAUCUUCCUUGCUGUAGAGUUAUUCUUUAACACAGGCUCAGUUUGUAAAAAUGACGAAGUUUACAUUGGUUCUUUGUUCAUUCGUUUACAUAUGGUUAUACAUGCAUGUGAUGUACGAAUCUGUCACUUACUGGUGUACAUACAGGGAAUAUUUUGACAUCUGAAAAUGGUUUGGGUCUCGGUGUUCUGAUA